AUGGGCGAUCAGGUAGAAGAGAAACCAUUUUCUCUUUGGACAGCCAUGGGAUUAGGCCACUCUAUCACGAACGCGGCAAUCACCAUCACUGUGGGCCUUGCAAGCGGCAUCGCAAUGGGCGGUCCGCCCUUGUUCUUCUACGGCUUCAUCAUGAUGGCCCUCGUGGCCUUGUGUGUCGCAGUCAGCCUCGGAGAGCUUGCGUUGGGUUUACCGCACUCAGGUGGCCAGUACUUUUGGGUGGCGACGCUGGCUCCCCCUGGCAUGCGACGGUUCUGUUCAUACAUCACCGCAAUUGUUGCUUGGGCUGGGGCGAUCUGCACUGGCGCCUCAGUCUGCCUCGCAGUUCCCAUUAUGGUGUUUAACAUGGUGGCUCUGCAACAUCCAGACUUCAACUAUAAGCCGUGGAUGGGCUUUGUUGGUUAUCAGGUUACCAACCUUUUGGCAUUUGGGUUCAAUCUCUUCGAAAGGGUUCUUCCUUGGGUCAGCAAGACGCUCCUCACCUAUACCAUCGCCGCUCUCAUUGUUGUGUUUGUCGGUGUUCUGGCGGCGUCCAAGGAGAAACAAUCCGCAGAGGGCUUCUUUACCCAGCUCUAUAACAUCUCCGGGUGGCCUGAUGGUGUUGCCUUUCUUAUUGGACUCAACUCGUCCAACUGGGCUUUCUCCUGUCUCGAUGCUGUUGUGCACUUGGCAGACGAGAUCCCUCAACCGAGGAAAAAUAUCCCCAAGGCACUUCUCAUUACAGUUGCCUUGGGGAGUGUUACAGGAAUCUUGAUCAUCCUGGCGCUCCUUUUCUCAGCUCCAGAUUUCACAGCAGCUGCUAUCGGUCUACAAGCCAUCGUUGCCGCUUCGGCUGCGGGGGCCAUCAUCGGAAUCCAUACAUGGCAAUCUCGCAUGGCCUGGGCGUUUAGCAGAGACAAAGGAUUUCCCUUUCAUACGUACCUCAGUCAGAUCGCUCCCGAACCUUUCGGCACCCCCAUUUGGGCACAUGUCUGGUCGUGUGCCUGGACGGCCAUACUGGGUUGCCUCUAUCUCGGCUCUACUCUUGCCUUCAACUCUCUUGUCGCUGGCGGAAUCCUCUUGCAAUAUCUGACCUAUUCCGCAAGCAUCGGUUGUCUUCUCUGGCAUGGGCGAGCCAACUUCCAGCACGGUCCAUUCUGGUUCCCCCGAGCUGGAUACGUGGCGAAUAUAACGACAAUAAUCUGGACGGUUAUUUCCCUUGUGAUGUACUCCUUUCCUUCAUUUCUGCCCGUCGAGGCGGACUAG